AGAAGAAGAGGCGAAACGACAAUAUUGGGAGAGAAAAAAAUUGUCUGCCAUGGCGGUAGCGACCUCCAGCGAUCAUAGUUCAGGUUAGCUCAGCUUUUUUUAAUAGUAGUAGUAGGCAUAGGAAUAGAGAGAGAGACGCUCUUCAUUGAGAUACAUACCCCCAACUCAGCUACCACCACGGCAACGACACGUAGUAUGGACACGACGGAUCACACGCGUCAACGGCAUCAUCGUCCGUUGCAGCAAGGAAACAGCCGCUUCCUCCAUCCCACACGUCAGCGUCAUCCGAAUGAAAAUGAAACGAACCACCCUACUUCUUGGCGUUCUGAUCAGCAGCGAUCCCAAAAAGAAAGAGAGGACCAUUACUGUCACCCAGACGACCGUAAUGGCGCCGGCCGUAAAGAACUCUUUUCUCGUUUCCUUCAUCCUGACGUGAUCGAACGUGGCUUGCUCAACAAAACCUACAUCAAAGGCGUGCUACGUCUUGUACGCAAUCCCAUGGAUGCCUAUGUUACUUCGGAGGAUCUUGACCAUGAUAUCUAUAUCAGUGGUGCCAAGAACCGUAAUCGUGCGUUAGACGGCGAUAUGGUGGCUGUGGAAUUGUUGGACAAUGUCGACGAGAUUUGGGAGGAAAGACGGGUGAGGGAGAUGGAACGCUUCGAAUUGAGGAAAAAGAUGAGAGAACAGGACGCAGCGGAAAAGGAAGCUCUUCUCCAAAAACAAGACACCCCUGAUGAUGACGAGGAUGAAUUACUACCCUCGAAUGACAACACGGACGAGAAUGAGGUCAGUGUCGACAAUGAUGCAGAAGACGACGACAAUGACGAUGACGAUGACGAUGACGAUGACGAUGAAGAGGGUCAUAAACCUAAAUAUUGUGGAAGAGUGGUGGGUAUCAUUGAACGAUCACCCAACAUUACCUACUCUGGAACCAUCGUUGUCAAUAUAGGUAAAAAGCGUUUGAAACCGGAUGAACCCAAUGCUGAUUUGAAAAUGGAUACUGAAGAAAAGAACGACGAGGACGAGGACGAUGGUAACACCAGUAACAGCGAUCCAGCUGCUGUUCCGUCUCUUGAAGCAGAAUCACCGAGUACAACAACAACAACAACAACAACCGCCAACACUCCUGUCUCUUCAGAGAGUCAUCCUACGGAAGCCCCUCGCCAAGGCACUGCGCUCACAAGACCGUUACGUUACGCUUGGUUCAAACCGUCAGACAAACGUAUUCCUCUCUUUAUGCUCAAAUACAACGACAUUCCCGACACACUACUCGAAAACGAAGACUACUUUACUUCCCAUCUUUUUGAAGUGGAAUUGCGCCGUUGGCAAAUUACCGACAGAAACCCGAUCGGCCGAUUCGUGAAAGAAUUAGGGCCCUUGGGUGACUUGAUGACCGAGAAAUAUGCCCUCCUCAGCGACAGUUGUGUGAUUGUCUCACCUUUCAGUCCUCUAGCACUCAAGUGUUUGCCUGAAACACCCUGGACCAUCCCUGCUCAACAGUACAAGACGAGACGUGAUUUGCGUCACGAACGCGUCUUUUCCAUUGAUCCCAAGACAGCCAAAGAUCUGGACGAUGCACUCCACAUCAAAGCAUUGUCCGAUGGAUGUUACGAGGUAGGUGUCCAUAUUGCCGAUGUGUCCUUUUUUGUGAAAAAGGGGACUGUCUUGGAUACAGAGGCGCGUCGAAGAGCCACCAGUACCUACUUGGUCGACGAUGUGAUACCCAUGUUGCCGCCCCUUUUGUGUGAGGAACUGUGCAGCUUGAAUCCAGGUGUGGAAAGAUUGGCUUUUUCUGUGAUUUGGAAAAUGGACAAAGAAGGAAAACCUGUCGACGACACAUGGUUUGGAAAGACAAUCAUCAAAUCGUGUGCUAAAUUAGCCUAUGAAGAUGCUCAACGCGUGAUUGAAGGAGGUGAAUUGGAUGCCGAUACGAUGAUCCAUGAUGGUCACAACGUGUCUGACGUCUACCAUGAUAUCCGCACCCUUCAGCAAAUGUCCAUGGCCAUGAGAAAGCGUCGUUACGAAAACGGAUCGCUAUCGAUGAACUCGGUGAAACUUCAAUUCGAGCUUGACGAACGUGGUGAACCUAUUUCCGUCCGUCCAUUCGAGGCCAAAGAAGCCAAUCGAAUGAUUGAAGAGUUUAUGCUGUGUGCCAACAUUAGUGUGGCCCAAAAAAUUGCUGAAGCUUUCCCUGACGAAGCCUUGCUAAGAAGACAUCAAGAGCCUAUUGAAAGAAGAAUGAAUAACUUUUUGAAAAUUACCCAUGUGUUGGGGCUUGACUUUGAUGGAAGUACGGCAGGGUCACUCCAAGCCUCCUUUGACAAGAUCCAAAAUCAAGAUAUUCGAGAUGUCAUGCUCGUGUUGGCUAUCCGUACCAUGCAAAAAGCAAAGUAUUUCUGCGCAGGUUCGCUCAGCCGAGAGAAAUAUCGACACUAUGCUCUCAACGAGCCUUUAUAUACCCACUUUACCUCACCGAUUCGUCGCUAUGCCGAUGUGAUUGUUCACCGUAUGCUAGAGAGUGCUCUUCCAUCGCAUCAAAAAGCACAUUCACCGUAUGGAAAGAAAUUUGUGCAAAAGACGGCUUUCCAUUGCAACUCGAAAAAAGAUGGAGCGCGAAGUGCCCAAGACCGUAGUAUUCUCUUGUUCCUCAGCCAUUACCUGAAUCGCAAAGAAGCCACUGAAGGACACCAUUUCACGAAAGCGGUGGUGAUUGCGGUGGCCAAGAAGCAUUAUGAGAUUUACGUGCCAGAGUACGGUCUUGAAAAGAAAGUGCUACUGGAGGGUUUGCCACUCAGUAAAAGUCAUUUUGAUAAAACCACACUCGCCCUCGAUCUCUUCUGGCAACGCGAUGUCCCUGUCACGAUGCACAACGAAGAGAAAAUAUACGGUGCUGCCCGUCUUGUGGAUGAUUAUUCUGACUCUGACUCUGACUCUGACGCUGACGCUGACGCUGACGAUGCGGAUGAAACAGACAUUGAGGAUAGUUUACAAGCACUGACACUCAAAGAAGCAAAGCCUGCAUCGGUCGUUCACGAAGCCGAUCUGAUUCCACCGGUGGUACUCGAGGAAGCCACUUGCAGGCAACAACUUGGCAUGUUUUCUAGCAUCACGGUUCGAAUUCAAGUCAACAACACAAGGUCUCCCCCCAUCAUCAACAUUUACCCUGUCAGUCCUUUCUGCACGAAAACAGCUCAAGACGAUGACUGAUCCUCCUUCAUUCUCACUGCAUCCUUUUCUUUUUAUUUUAAAAAAAGUUUGAAUAAACAAUCCAUGGCUCUCCCCCAGGGAGACCCCCCAUGUCCUCUUCUUUUAUUCCAUUUUAUAAGGGGAAAA